AUGGCAACCACACUUCUGAACCUACCCUCCACCCCUUCUAACGCCGGCGACACUGGCUCAGACCCUGGAACUCCAGCCAGCGGCAUUUCGACCCUCUCCACGACCGCCAUCAAGGACGGUCACGAAGGUCACCACCCUCAUAUGAACAUGGACGUUGCUGCUGAACGUGUCGCCCGUCUAGGUGGGAUCGGAGCUCCACCAAACCAUUCAACCUUCAACGCUCCAACUAAGGACUAUUUCGAGUCGCCUUCUGUCCCACAUACCCCUGGAUCUGCUUCAGUCAUCUCAUCGCUCGCUGAUGAACAUGGCUCCCUUGAAGGCGAAGCUUCAGGCCCGAAUAGCACCCAAGCCAAACGAGAGACCAUGGCCUAUCUAGCUCGUCGUCAACUUGAGCAACAGCAGCAGCAGCAACCGAUUCCCACAAUCUCAACUAUUGCUCCAAAUAACACUAUUGCUACUACAAACAAUGUCAGUACUAUCGCUCCUGCCGUCUCCCCUCUUCCUAGAGUUUCAAACGCCCCAGACGGUAUCGUGAUCCCAAACUACGGAUAUAGUAGUAACGCGAGCAGAUCCACUGAUUCUCCUGCGUCGAACCAGACGACACCAUCGGCUGCUGAAGCUAGAGUUGAUGCUAAGAUGAUCGAUGGGAUGACUUAUGAUGAGGGAGAUACGACGGCCGAAGGGUUGGGGAGACGGGAUACCAUUCGUCCUGGGCAGAUUCCGCCGGGUUUGCUGAAGGAUAAUUCCGAGAUGGAUGGUUGA